CUGGCGCAGUCUCAUUAAUUCUCAAUUUCUCGUUCCGUUACUCCGAAUCUGCCUCCCGAAGGGCGAGAGAAAGCUCAGUUCUACAGAAAAAAGAGGGCCAGAGCGAAUAGCUAGCCAGGGUACACCUCACCCGUAAUGGCCUCACCCGCCGCCUCAUCCUCCGAAGAGGAGGACAUGCCCGCCACCGCUGAAUCGUCCGGCAAGGAUUCGGGUUCCGAUGCUGGAAACAACGACGACGACAGCGAUGUUGCAGAAGUAGACGAGGAAGAGGAAGAAGAUGUCGACGGAGAAGAAGUCGUUGAGGAUGAUGAUGAUGAUGAUGAUGAUGGUGGUGGUGGUGAUGAAAUAGAAAAAGCAGAUGAUUCCUCAGAUUCGCCAAUAUCAGCUGAUCAGGGCAAGAACGAUUCUACCGAAGAAGUCAAGCUUGAUGGGAAUGAUGAUGACUUGAGAUCAGGUUCCACCACUCCAAGAAAUUCAAAGCAGAAUCUAUCAACAGAUAUACACGACAUAAAAGAUAAUGGAUUUUCAGAAUCUGCUGUUGAUAAAAAAGUUGGAAUUCUGGAAGAAAAGAAAGGUGGUACUGAUGUACAGAAAGAUUUUUCUGAGGCUAAUAAGGCUAUUGAAGCUGAUUUAAAUGACAAUGACUCCAACGGUUCUUCCACCAGAACCUUGUCUGCUAAUGGGAAGGAGAUAGCUGCUGAGACCCUGAUGGAAAGUGGCUUUGGUGUUAAAGAGGCGAAUGAUGUUGUAUAUUCCAAGGAAGAUGCCGAACAAAUGGACAUACCAGAAGGGCAUGACCUCAAUUUGAAGGCAUCAAGCUUGCCCAUUGCACUAACAAGGCCUAGGAGUUUAUCACCCGGUGUUGAAGUAGAGGAGCAAAAUAAACGACCAGCCAUUGUAUGCGAUUUUUUUGCUAGAGGCUGGUGCAUCAAGGGAAGUGCAUGUAGGUUUCUCCAUAAGAAAGAUGGUGUGGGAAAUACCAGUGAGGGGGCCAAGGUAGACCCGCAAACAUCAAAUUGGAAAAGUGAACUCCAGGUGGAUGCAGCAGCUUUGGGACAAAGCUUUGGUAAAUCAAGAUUGUCCACUUUUGCUGAUCCAUCAGCUUCAUCAGUUGGAAGUAAUCCUCUGAAAUCAACCUUCCCUUCAGAAACAGUUCUACAUUGGAAGCAUGGAGAAGGCCAAGGGCAUCAAUUUCAUGAUGAGCAUAGGUUGUCUUCACUUCCUAGAGGGGAUUUAUCAUCAGGACUUACAUACAAUGAGAGUGGGUCAACAUCAGUAGUUAGACGUGACCUCCAACGGUUUCCUUUAGUUAGAGAUGAUUCCAAGUUCGUUCCAUCUUUUCAGGACGAAGGCAGAGGGAAUUUAAGACAGAAUUACUUACUGGAUGACCAUAACAGGCAUACCUCAAUUCUCAUUCAAGGUGAUGUUCCUAAAUUUGGUACUUCUGGUAGGAGUUGGGCCCCUAAUCAUUGUGAGACUCAGCAGACAUCCUCUGUCCUAGAAGAAUUUAACCAGAAAUCACUUAGUGGCCUCAGAGAUGGUAAAACAUCGGUUACUGAAGAGCUUGCAAGGGGAUCUCCCUUAGCCAGGAGUAGCUUAGUUCCCGAGUAUAGAUAUUUCUCGAGUGGAAGCAUUUACAGAAGCAGUAGUUAUCCCUUUGCUUAUGACAGAAAUAUGGAGGAAGCAGCCGGUCUAAAACAACAGAGUAUCUCACCGUCAUCCCAUACCUUUUCUUGGUCGGGAGCCUCAUCGUCUCAUGUUUCUUCAACAUUUGGCAUUGAUCCUCUUGCUGGACAGAAGCAUUUGGACAGUGAUAAAGGAUAUCAUCCUUCUAGAUCUGCUUCCUUACCUCGAAGCUCUUCUUCACCAUUCAACUCGAAAUUGGAAGCAGAAAAUCUUCUCCAUAGUGUUCCCAGGGAUCCACCUAUUUCAGGAUAUAAAUCACAGUUCAGUUCAAAUGAUUGGGAGCCAUCCGUUCCUUUUCGACCAUCUUUUCACUUUUCUCAAACAAGUAUAUCGUCCCCUGGAAGCCAAUAUGAUCCCCUCCUUGAUAGCAUUGAACCACCUAGUGGAGCAAAUAGGUCCUUUCAGGCAGCUUAUUUUGGUCGAGGCAGUGCUACCCAGAGUUCGGAAAAUCAGCUCACCAAUGGAGAUCCCAGUUUGAUUAGGACCAAUAUUCCAGAAUAUAAUACUCAUGGUGUAUUGGAAAAGGAUUCAUACAAUUAUGGAACAGGUUUACACAUAGCCGCAAAAGAAAAUGUAGGAGCUGUUGCUGACGAGCAUAAUAGAAGUACCAUGCCCAAAGAAGAGAAGCCCUUUGGCUCUGGUCAUUCUGUAGAUGUUGCAAAUCUUGAUAAAAUGUCUCAUGAUGGUGGUUUUACACAUCAAUCAGAUGGAAGUAAACUUAAAAAGGAACUCCGAACAGAUGGGGGACAGAAAAUUGAAGUGGAUCUCCAUCGUAAUUCCAAACACCAAGUAGAUGAGGCUAGACCACACAAGGAGUCAAAAGCACUUAAGCUUUUCCGUACUGAUCUUGUGGAUUUUGUGAAGGAAUUGGUAAAGCCAUCCUGGCGAGGAGGUCAUCUGAGCAAGGAUGCACACAAAACUAUUGUUAAGAAAGCCGUUGAUAAGGUCCUUAGCACAUUACAGCCACAUCAAAUUCCAAACACCACAGAAUCAAUUAACCAAUAUCUGUCAUCAUCCCGUCCUAAAAUCACAAAGCUUGUUGAGGCUUAUGUGGAAAAGUAUGGAAAAACUUGAGCUUCCAGUGGCUGAAGGAUUAGUCUUGUACAGUUACUACAUUUAACACUAACUUGAUGUCAUUUAAAAUUUCUUUGAGGCUGUUUUUAGCCAUCAAUAUUUCAUAUCUAAAACUGACAUUAUGUUGUGGAUUUGCUUGUGAAGUUUAUUGCUCCUCAAAAAAUUGUUAAAUUCUCACAUUACACUUCAGGUAAAAUUGUAGGAUUUUUCAUGUUUGUUUAUUGUUGAAACAUUGACUUAUGAGGCACAGAAAAAUGCCACCUUUUUAAAUGUUCAUGAGAUAAAAUUUUAUUGUUAAGGCAGUGGAGACUUGAAGAUGUUUUAUUUUAGGCUUAUGUGCAAGUACUGUUAUGAGUUAUUAUUAUUCUUUUA